GUAAAAGGCCAAUCACAGCGGCCUUUUACCACGUGAUCAGCGGUGUCCAAUGACACGCUGAUCACAGGGAAAUGCAAGUGCCGGUUCUCGGCUGCACUUUCCUCACACUGUCAGAUCAAUGAGGAUCGGCACCGAUCAUCAGGGCACUGAUGAUCAGUGCCCAGCAGUGCCACCCACCAGUUCCGCCCACUUGUGCCCAGCAGUGCACCCACCUGUGCCCACCAGUGCCACCCAUCUGUGCCCACCAGUGCAGCCCAGCAGUGCUGCCAGUCGGUGCCCAGCAGUUGCGCCAGUUAAUGCCUAACAGUGCCGCCA